UUAUAUUUUCGCUCGUCACAAACACGUCAACUCUUGGCCUUUCUACGACCUCGGACUAUCUAAAAAGUAUUCCACUUUUGGUUUUUUACGCUCAGAACAUCAUCAGCCAUCUGUUCGAAUCUAAGUGUGAAUUAGUCAUAGUUUUGUGAGAAGCACAAUAAUAUGAAACAAUUCAUAAGCGGAAUUUUGUUGGUGCUGCUGGCGGCAUUGUUGUUGCCCCACACUGAGACAGCUGUGUCGUAUAAGUUCGCUGCGGAUCCCGCGUAUCCCGGCAAAUGUGUGAUGACGCCGAAUCUUAUCCUAAAUCCUGGCCAAGUUGGCCAACUCCCAGGGCCGACCUGUGCGCGUGUCUUCUGCGAAGACAACGGUAAUUUCUCGGCUACCACCUGCCCAAGUGUAGAUGCUCCGCCUGGCUGCUAUUUGAGUGAACUGAAAUUCCCCAAUGCCGACUAUCCCGAGUGCUGUUACCGUGAAACCAUAUGCAAUUAACUGAAGAUCAACAACGACGACAACGACCUAGCCACGCCCUUCCAGCAGCUUCAGUGCGCCCAACAACAGCACUCGGCUAUUGCAUAGAGUGCAUAAAAAUAGAAUAGCAGCCACUGAUUAGUACAUAAAGUAUGUCAAAUUUAAGCGAAUGGAAAAAAGUGAGCGAACUUAUUAUGACACAUAAAUAAAUAUUGAGGACUA